AUGGCUACGGUGGAUGCUCAUGACUUGCUGCAGGCUGCGCAUAAUGCCGCUGAUCGAGGACUCUACCAAAGCGCGAAAUGGCUCUUUGAACUAGCUGAUGCUCUGCCAUCAUCAUCACAACCUGCUGCUGCUCUUUCUGCGGAAAUGUCAAAAGAUUCUGUUGCAUAUGCCAUUGCUAAAGCGUCGUUUGAUUGCAGAGAGCAUUUACGUUGUGCUUCCAUGCUCAAGCAAGCUGGCAUGUCCACUGCAAAAAGCUACUUUCUGCACUUUUACGCACGAUUCUUGGCAUCCGAGAAGGACCGCCAAGAGGAAGGGGAGAUCCUCAUGGGUCCACGAGACAACCAAGCGAACAAGGAGCUGCCGAAGCUACUCGAAGAGCUGCUCGCCGUGGUCCAUCAAGGCAUCUCGGAUCACUUCCUGCUCUACUUGCUUGGCAUGCUGCAACGCCAUCUGAACCGACAUGAAGAAGCCGUCCAGUCUCUUGUUCAAGCAUUAACCCAGAAUAUCUACAAUCACUCUGCCUGGCAAGAGCUCAUGCUUUGUAUGACGAGUCCGAGCAUCCUUGCGAAAACCUGCUCCCUGCUCCCUACUCAUCCAAUGACGCAGCUCUUCAAUGCAGUCGCACAACUCGACCUACACAAGAGUGGGCCAGAGCUCAGCAGUCUUCUUGAUGAGCUUGCUAGCUUACUUCCCGGCAGUGGCUACAUACAGCGCUUACGUGCAAUCCAUGCAUACAAUGCUCAAGACUAUGAACAAGCAGAGCUCUUAUUUGAUGCACUCCACAAAGCCGACCCACAUCAACUCGAGGGCAUGGAUAUUUACUCCAAUGUGUUGUUUGUGCUUGAGCGACGCGCCAAGUUGGUUGACUUGGCCAAGCGCAUGACGGCCACAGACCGUUUCCGCCCGGAGACUUGCUGUGUGGUCGGCAACUACCACAGUCUGAGUGGCGAGCACGAAAAGGCAGUCUUGUCCUUCCGCAAAGCGCUCAAGUUGAAUCGCAACUAUCUACCGGCAUGGACCCUUAUGGGACAUGAAUACGUUGAGCUCAAGAAUACACAUGCCGCGAUUGAAUCGUAUCGCAGAGCUGUCGAUGUCAACCGCAAAGACUAUCGCGCUUGGUAUGGUCUUGGGCAGACUUAUGAGAUGCUCGAAAUGCAUCACUACGCGCUUCACUAUUUUCAACGCGCAGCGGCCCUCAAACCGUACGAUGUUCGAAUGUGGACUGCUGUUGGCGGUUGCUAUGAGAAACUUGGACGGGUACCUGAAGCCAUCAAGGCAUUCAAAAGGGCGCUCCUCGGCGGCGAAGAAGCGACUGAUCCGAGCUACCUAGCGAAACUUGGAGACCUACAUGAGCAAGUUGGCGAUCAGUCCUCCGCUGCGUCCUUCUUCAACGCCUGCGUCAAUUUGGCCGAUGAGCACAACAUUGAGGGCGACCCGGCCAUUGUCAGGGCGCGCCUUUGGCUUGCACGGUAUUUACACGCCAGUGGUCGAAUGGCCGAGGCUGAGUCAGUUUUUUCUUCUCCUUCAGGCGACACUAACCACUAG